AUGGACGGAGGAAGCUCCAUCAACAUCAUGUACUACGACACCUUCCGGCGGCUCGGACUGCCCGACCCGCGCCUCGAGCACAUAAGCGUCACCUUCCACGACAUCGUCCCCGGGCGGAAAGCCUUCCCAAUCGGCAAGAUCACGCUACCGGUAACCUUCGGCAUGCUGUCAAACUACCGCACCGAGCGGAUAUCCUUCGAGGUGGUCAACUUCCGCAGCCCAUACCACUGCAUCCUCGGCCGCCAUACGUUCGCCAAGUUCAUGACCAUGCCUCACUACGCCUACAACAUGAUGAAGAUGCCCGGGCCACGCGGCGUCAUUACCGUCCAUGGUGACCCGAACCUGGCCCUGGGGUGCGAGGACAACGGCACCAAGCUCGCCGAGGCCGUCAUCGCCGCGGAGCGCGACAACAUCGCCGAGCUCGCCAAGUACCCAGUCGACCGCAACGACCCCGUCAUCCACGAGAAGCCGACUAAGCUCGACUCGUCUGCGGCGACCUUCAAGCCAAAGACGGACACUCACCAAGUAGAUCUUGUAGAAACGACUCGAGUAGGCAGGUUACCAUUGGGAUGGGCCUGUGUCCCGAGAGAAUUUGCUGAGCACAAACUCCACGUUGAUCCCACCGCGCGUCUCGUCAGGUAA